CCUUUGAGCACUUCUGGGAAAGGCCACGACUUCCUGAAAGACUGAGAAGGGAAUAGCAGCAACACCAGCCACCACAGCGCAGUGUUUGCGAAUUAAGAGCUGCGUGCCUAGGAAAGGGCACACAGUCAACCUGUGGAACUCCUUGCCAGAGGAUGUUGUGAAGACCAGGACUUUAACAGGGUUCAAAAAAGAACUAGAUUGAACAGCACGUCUUUACUGCUCUCAAGAGCCGCCAGGGUUUCUCCAUAUUUGAUACACUUUUUGGGAGUGUUUUCUGUGGGCCAGGAUGGGCUGCCGGGAUGUUCAUGCAGCGACAGUACUGGCCUUCCUCAGUGGAACAGCCUCAGUAGCAGGACUCUUUGCUGCGGUUUUACUGCCUAACUGGAGACUGAUGAGACUGCACACCUUCAAUAAAAAUGAAAAGAAUCUGACUGUUUACACUGGACUCUGGAUUAAGUGUGCACGCUUUGAUGGAAGCAAAGACUGUGUGAUAUAUGACACAGAGUGGUACACAGCAGUCGAUCAGCUGGAUUUACGGGUGCUCCAGUUUGCGCUCCCCUGUAGCAUGCUAACUGCUGUCUCGGCUCUGCUGCUGUGUUUGAUCGGCAUGUGUAAUACCGCCUUUGUGUCAAGUGUACCGAACAUCAAACUUGCUAAAUGUCUUGUAAAUAGUCCAGGCUGCCACCUUGUGGCUGGUCUGUUGUUUCUACUUGCAUGUGCCAUUUGUCUCACACCAGCAAUCUGGGUAAUUUUUUAUAACAACUACCUAAACAAAAAAUAUGAGCCAGUUUUUACUUUUGAUAUUUCAGUGUAUAUUACCAUUGCCAGUGCAGGAGGCCUGUUUUUCACUUCAGUUCUGUUAUUUCUGUGGUAUUGUGCAUGCAAAACCUUACCGUCCCCAUUCUGGCAGCCCCUCUAUUCCCAUUCUUCCAGUAUGCACAGCUAUUCCUCCCAGCCCUAUUCUGCAAGAUCUCGGCUCUCCGCCAUUGAAAUUGACAUUCCUGUAGUAACACAUGCUUCUUAAAGAAAACAAACCAUGUUUCAAAAGUCAAAUGUUUAUUCUGGCUCAAACCUGGGAAAUUGCAGGCCUGAUUCUCUGCUGCUUUGCCCCACGUUUAAUUGUUUAUACCACUGCAAAGUGGGUGUAAUAUAUUCCCAAAUCAGACUGUACAAGGUGGAAGACUGUAGAGAAUUGGGUCCAUAAUAUUUUAAGUCUGUUACUUUUUAAAGUAUUUCUGACCAAUCUCCUCUUCUUUGAAUUUACUGCUGGAAAAUAUUGACUGCUGCUAAUGCUGUAAUGACAUAUCACUGGUCAAAAAAUCAUUUUACAGAGACUUUUUAGUACGUCCACUCCUCCUGCUUAUUCAAACCAAAGGCGUUUUCAACUUCUUUACUGAUUUGAUGAGCUAUUCCUAGGUUCCCAUCCUGCAAUAAGAAUAAUAUAAAUAGACCCAAUCCACCAUGUAUUAAGGACAAUAGAUCUUUUUGUGGGAUGCAGUUUCCAUUGCAGGAUGGCAAACUCAAAAGAAUAUGAUCUGCUCGUUGGAGCAGGAAGAUGAGUAGGAAAUGGGCUUCAAAACCUUGCAUAUAGUUUUGGAUAUGAUCUGUGAAAACAGUAUUUGACAAACUAAGUCAGUCUUGUUACAAUGUUCUUUGUUUUCCACUAUCCGUAAACAAAGCCCAUCUGCUAAUGUACUUGAAAUGCAAUCUUAGGGUCAAAUUAUCUUUAAUCUCAAAGUAAAAAUCAGAGAUUAUUUAAAAAAUCAGUCCAACUAAUGGUCCUUGCUCCUAUUGCUAAAUCUCAGAAAUUGCAAUUUUUCCCUGCUCUUCUUCACUGCAUUUUCAUUCCAUUCAGUAGAUUUUGGUCAAUUAUGAAUCUCAUUAGAUUUUUCCAUUUUAUGUUUUAUGUAAAAAUAUGACUUGUAAUUUAAACACUUUUGUUUAAAAUUUGAAUACUGCAUUAUAAAGGCCGUCAAGUAGAACAGACCUAACAGGAAAAUUGCAUUAGCAUUAUUCUGUUCUGGAGAGGAAUGUCCUCCAGUUUUCAAAUGUAUUCCAUAAACCUUGAACAGUUUUACAGAAAAUUCAACGCAGUUUGCUUAUUAUAAACAGGCCUCUUUGGGAAUCAGAUUGUAACCCUGUGGGGAAAGAUUAAUCGUUCUGGAUGUCAUGUUUAUAUAUUAAUGAAAACAAGCUUCUGUAUUUUUAGAGACAAUGUAAAUAGGAUUUUUUUUAAGCAGAGUUUAUCGGACUUUUCAGGAUAUGUCUUAUUUAUUUACAAAUUAGUAUUUCAUCUUUCUGGCCCUUGGUUUCAGUAUCUCUUCCCUCUUCAACUAUUUUUUUAAACUCAAGUUAGUUUCUAUACUCCCUUUUGACGAGAAGUUACCAUCCCCCUAAAAUGAGAUU